AGUUUUACAUUACUGCUUUCACACAUACACACACGCGACCAUAGUCGUUAGCCUCGCAUAUUAGUAUCAGGUAGACUAUUUCUCCGUGUAGCUUAUUCUAUAGCCCUAAAAUGAGCGACAAUGAGAAAGGCCGGGAGUCUCGCUCCGCUUCCAGGAGCGCGAGUCCCCAUGCCCCUGAGAAGUCGGGGAGCCGCUCUCCAGCUCGUUCAAAAGAUGGAUCCCACCAUUCCCGUUCUAAGUCCUGGUCCCGCUCCAGGUCCAGAUCAGGCUCCCAUUCUAACCACGGCUCUCAUAAGCACUACAGCCAUUCCCGGUCGCGCUCCAGGUCCGGCCGGCGCCGGUCCCGCAGCCGCUCCUACAGCGGAGAGCGCCGACGCAGGAGCCUCAGUCAUUCCCCCAUGUCUAAUCGCCGCAGGCACGUCGGCAAUCGGACUAAUCCAGAUCCAAAUGCUUGCCUGGGAGUGUUUGGCCUGAGCCUGUACACCACAGAGAGGGAUCUGAGGGACGUCUUCUCUAAAUACGGGCCCCUGGCGGAUGUUUGCAUCGUGUACGACCAGCAGUCCAGGCGCUCCAGGGGCUUUGCUUUUGUUUACUUUGAGAACACAGCUGAUGCUAAAGAGGCAAAGGACCGAGCGAAUGGCAUGGAGCUGGACGGUCGUAGAAUCCGGGUGGAUUUCUCAAUCACAAAAAGACCUCACACCCCGACCCCAGGAAUCUACAUGGGACGGCCCACAUAUGGCAGUGGCGGCGGCGGCGGUGGUGGCGGAGGUCCCGGUGGUCCCAGGCGCUAUUCACGCGACUACGACCGCGGAUAUGACCGUGGAUACGAUAGAGGCGGCUAUGAUCGCUAUGACGACAGGGACUACUACAGAUCAUACAGACGAAGAUCUCCAUCACCAUACUACAGAGGAGCAUACAGGUCUCGAUCAAGAUCCCGGUCUUAUUCUCCUCGUCGCUAUUGAGCAGAUCAGGAAGACAUAAAUCCCUUAUUUCCAUGGCCAGAUGAGGAGUUUCUCCUAAAGAUUUGACUUUCUUGUAGAUAUCAUAUUCUUAAGGUGAUAUAUGGCUUUCUUUAAUGUGGAGUUUCAUGGGAAAAAUUUGUGCGAAGUCCUGAGAGCAGAACACCAGCAGUGUAAGCUUAGCAAUGUACUGAUGUGAAAAGUGUUGGCAGAAAACCUUUUCACCUGUUUCUGCCCCUGUGGUAGUUAUCCCUCUGCACAAUGUGAAACUUGGAAGAUGCUCGUCUGCUUAUUCUCAGCUAGUUACUUUAUUGUGUAAUUUGGAGCUUAAAAAUUUCAACCUUGUGUGAAUCUUUGUGAUGAAUUAGGCACUGUUGUUCUCCAGAGAUACUUUUUUUUUUUAGACUUCAGAGAACAUUCAGUGUCUGGUCAUGACAACGUACUCCCAUUUAACAGACAAAUUUCUCAUUCAACUCCACAUUAAAGAAGCCAAACGGAUGACGAUGAUGAUCACCGCUCUUCCUCUUGUCUAUCAAUAAUCAAUGAAAAUGGAAAAACACAUUUGAAGCAGUAUGUCCUUGUUUUAAAUUUUAAAUGUACAGGCCAGUGUUGUUGUUCUAACUGGCGUGUUAAUUUAUGGGGUUUUCUUGUGUACAAACCGAGUGAGAAUUCAGCAAAAUUUAAACAAAUUAAAAGGGAAUAGUUUUCUUUUCCACCAA